CCUUGUUCUCUUCCCUGCCUCGCACAGAUCAUGCUCACACAGAUAGUAGUCGCUGUGUGUUGAGAGGACUUUUAUUUUGAAGAGUGUGCCGCAGCAGGUUGAUCAGUCUCAGCCCUGCCUCUCACAGGCUCGCUGACCGAUCUGGAGCUUAUUAAGGAUGGCUGAACCGCCUCGGUCAUGUGACUGUUUUGUAUCUCUGCCUCCGGGUUCAAAAGAAGAUCAUGUGAUAUUUGGUAAGAACUCUGACCGGCCGAGAGAUGAGGUGCAGGAGGUGGUGUAUUACCCUUCAUCCUCACACGCUCCCGGAUCUACAGUGCAGUGCACAUAUAUUUCCAUUCCUCAAGCGGAGCACACUCAUGCGGUUGUGCUGAGCAGACCCGCUUGGCUCUGGGGGGCUGAGAUGGGGGCUAAUGAACACGGGGUGUGUGUUGGGAAUGAGGCCGUCUGGACCAAGGAGCCUGUGGAUCCAGAAGAAGCUCUGCUGGGAAUGGACCUGGUUCGGCUGGGUCUGGAGCGCGGGGACAGCGCGUGGGCCGCUCUGAAUGUGAUCACAGGUCUGCUGGAGCAGCACGGUCAGGGCGGAGCCUGCAGGGAGGCCCCCGAACCCUUCAGUUACCACAACACCUUCUUACUAGUGGACCGACAGGAAGCCUGGGUCCUAGAGACUGCUGGGAAACUGUGGGCUGCACAGAAAGUCACAGAGGGAGUCAAGAACAUCUCUAACCAGCUGACGAUAGGCACAGAGAUCUGUGCGGAGCAUCCGGAGCUGCGCGCUGUGGCUCAGGCUCAGGGCUGGUGGAGCGGAGAGGGGGACUUCAGCUUCUCUGCUGUCUUCAGUCCUGACAACCCCCCCGCCAGGAUGGAAAUGGCCAAGAAGCGCUACAUGGGCGGCACAGCCCUGCUCCAGCAGCACAACGGUACCCACACCUGCCACAUGUUUUUCUCCUCUCCUGACUUGGAUGUCUUCUGUACUACAGGCAGCAUGGUGUCCAUCCUCCCGCGCAACCCAGACGUGCCCUGCGUUCACUUCUUCACUGCCACACCUGACCCCUCCAGGUCUGUAUUCAAGCCUUUUAUCUUCUCUGAGAGCGUGAGGUCUGUCAGCAUGGUGAUGUCUCCUCAGUACGGCUCAGACGAUCCUGUUAGGACACAGCCUCGAUUCCAGCACCAGGUGGACCGGAAGCACGAGCUGUACAAAGCCCACCAGACGGCACUGACCAGUCCUGAUGCUGGAGUCUCUCUACAGGAGACUGUGAGAUAUCUGGAGUCUCAGUGUCUUGAGGAGAUCGAGGCCAUGCUUCGGGGGGAGAUUCAGGGCCAGGAGCUCGGGGAUCUGUUCUUUGACUGUGUGGACGCUGAGAUCAAAUUCUACCAGUGAGACAGAGCAGUUGUCGUUGUGAAUGUCACUAGUGCUUGCUGAUCUGCCUGGAGAGAGAGA